GCGGCGCGGAGCGGGGAGGGAGCGGCGCGGCCAUGGCGGGCCGGGCGCUGCAGGCGCUGCCCAGGCUGAGGGCACUCAACAGACUGCAAGUAGUAUUACAACAUUUGAAAAUGUCUAAGCAAACAGAUUCGACAACAGAAGUGUUGUUGGAAAAGAAAGGAAGUGCAGGAAUAAUAACUUUGAAUAGACCCAAGGCUCUCAAUGCACUAAAUCUGUCUAUGAUCCAACAAAUUUAUCCUCAAAUAAAGACGUGGGAGCAAGAUCCUGAAACUUUUCUAAUAAUUAUAAAGGGAACUGGAGGAAAAGCUUUUUGUGCUGGGGGUGACAUCCGAGCCAUCACAGAAGCGGGAAAAGUUGGAGAUAAAUUGUCACAAGAUUUCUUCAGAGGAGAAUAUAGGCUGAACAAUGCCAUUGGCACCUGCAAGAAGCCAUAUGUGGCACUCAUCGAUGGCAUUACAAUGGGAGGGGGAGUUGGUGUCUCAGUCCAUGGACAUUUUCGAGUUGCUACAGAAAAGACUCUUUUUGCCAUGCCAGAAACAGCAAUAGGCCUUUUCCCUGAUGUAGGUGGAGGGUAUUUCUUGCCAAGGCUCUCGGGCAAGGUUGGCUAUUACCUCGCGCUGACGGGAUGCAGGCUGAAGGGAAGAGACGUGCUGAGGGUUGGCAUCGCGACGCAUUUUGUAGAAUCGGACAAGCUACCUGCCUUGGAGAAAGACCUGAUAGCACUGAAAUCUCCUUCAAAAGAAAAAAUUGCUGAUUUAUUGAACUCUUACCACAUGAAGUGCACAAUUGAUCAGGAAAAGGAGUUUGCACUUGAUGAACAUAUGGAGAAGAUUAACAGUCUUUUUUCAGGAAAUAGUAUGGAAGAAAUUGUUAAGAAAUUAAAGCAAGAUGGUUCUCCUUUUGCCAUGAAGCAACUAGAGACUAUUAAUAAGAUGUCACCUACAUCUCUAAAGCUGACUCUGAGACAGCUCAGAGAAGGAGCCUCCAUGAGCUUACAAGAGGUGCUCCGGAUGGAAUACAGGCUGAGCCAAGCGUGCAUGAAAGGCCAUGACUUCUACGAAGGGGUUCGAGCAGUGCUGAUUGACAAAGACCAGUCUCCCAAAUGGAAGCCAGCUGCUCUGGAAGAAGUCAGCGAUGAAUUUGUGGACAACUGUUUUAAACCACUGGGAAACGACGAUCUCAAGCUGUAAAGAUCAAACCUAGGGACAUCUUACCUAUCUCCUUACUUCUGUGCUGUAAAAAUUAAUAGUAGUGUGGUCAAAUUGAACAAAACUUUUUUAGCUAGCCUGAGAUUCACAAGGCUUUUUUUUUUUUUUCUUUUUCCUUUUUUUUUUCAUUCAGGAACAUUCUCUGUACUGAGAAAAUAAUUGUAUCUCUGGUUAAUAAUGGGAAAAAUCACUUCAAGGCAAAUUUUUAUUUUUACUGCUUUACAAAGUGAUUAACAUUUCAUUUUUUUGCAUCAACUCUUAACUUAGGAGGAGCUCUUGGGGAAAAGAGCACAGUAAAAGGUUAUUAUAACCUAAUAAACAAAAAGUCAAGAGACCUUUAGUGUUCUUGGCUCUGUCACUGAUCUAGUAAAUUGGGAUUGUGCCACAGAUUCUUCUGCAUACAAUGAAAAUAAGACAUGGUAAAACCUUUAAUACAGUCAGAGCUACAAAGGAAAAUGGAAGACAGAAUCCAUGGGGUUAAUUAUCCUCUUAAAUAAAAGCUCAGACUGAUACAUUAUUAAUCUGAGAACAAGAAAUUGUUCUAUUGAUUUAAGGUUUGGUCAUUUUUCAGCCUUGCUGUGUGAUGUAAACAUUGUUUCAAAUGUGAUAAUGUUGCCAGAGCCUAGAGCACAUUUCUCUUGGCUUGCAUAGCCCAUUUUCUAAAAUGUUAUGUGUAAUUGAGCCGCAUAAUCAGUAUUUCACGAUGUCACAAAACCGCUGGUUUUCUUGGUGGUGAAGAAACGAGUGCCUCAAAGCUUGCUGUGAACAACAAGCAGCACAUUCCAGUGCAUUCAGGGUGGUGGGGUUCUGAUGCCAAUAACACGGGAAGUUACACAACAUAACCAGAACCCCUUGAUGCAAGUAUUUGUGGGAGGGAAAUGAUUUUUUCUAUUGUGUAUGCAGCAGACAGCUACUAAUUUCUUUAAUGUUAUGCCUUCUUUUUUAUGCUUCAUCAGAUCACGUAGCAGUGUUUCUUCCUACUUACUUCUACACUUACAGGCAGGUCACAAGUACAAAUUUUGGCUUCUCUGAAGACCAAAGGAAGAAAACUUCUGUUCAAAUGCCAUAGUCAGUAACCAGCACUGGGGAAUCAAAAGUCAGAGCUGUAGCAGAACCAUUAUGGAGUUUCCAGUGUUGGGCGUUUUUUAUUACCAACAGCAAUGGUCUGCAAUAGCUUAAGGCUCCUUCCUUUCUAGGAGCUGUUGCCUGGAAAUAGAGUCCAGGAAAUUCAGGCAUCAAGGUGAACUACCAAGGGUGGCUUUCAAAAAGUCAGAGCAAAUGGAAAGCUAAAUCAAGAAAAAAUGGCAUCUUGUUUUGGCACUAGAAUCUUGUAAGAUAAAAUUGUUAAUAUUUCAGCUGUGAGUUUAUGUUACCGUGGACAUACUUGUUACGGGACCGUCCUUGAGUUUAGUUCCAAAAGUAAUUGAGAUUUCAUGAAUACCUCUAGGUAAUUCUGAAAGUAUCACAUGACUUUCUACCUCAAGCUGGUCCCAUAAGAAGUGCAAACCUCCCUCUGUAUUAUUUAAAAUUUUUAUAUGUUUUACAUUCAUGAACAAUUGCUAUCUCAAAUUUACUUUUUAAAGCCUGGUUACUUCCAUUAUUUUUGUAUAAAAGGAGCAGUCUCCAGCCAAUUAUUAAAUGAAAAACACAGUAAUUCCCAGGGAGUAGGGAUCAUGCCUGCUCUGAUUGUAAAUGACAUACAAGAUUAUAGGAAGAACAUACUUUUGAAUUAAUAAACUUGGACUUGCAUAUUCA